GCGCGCAAACCUAUACGUGUGCUCCGAUGCUGCCGCGUCUUUAUCGUAAAACAACACACUCACACAGAUCGAGAAGAGAGCGUCAGUCGUCUCGUCUAAUAUAUAUCUUCUGUGUAUAAAAUACGAGACGUUAUCGUAAUUCUUUCAGACCUAUCACUUCAUAUUAAUUGUUGAUUUUUUAUCGCUCGCGAGUUGGAUCAAAGCUAUCGGCCUAUAUAGUGUUGUUUUCGUUGUGUGUUUGUGACCGUGCGUGUGUGUCUUAUAUGUGUUGUUGUUUUCUGGUGCACAAUCGUGAGAAAAGGAGUUUGAAGUGAAGUCAAACGAUCCUCUUACAGUCGCCGUGUAGUAGUCGUCGUCUCGCACAAUAGAGAACGCAGAGAGCGCAUUACGUAUAUAUUUAUCAGACGCACAGUACGCUGCGUGCAUACAUAGACGAUUUAUGAGUCUCGUGUCGUCGAUGGAUUACAGCACGUAACGAGAGAGAGAAGGGCUGUUAUUCGCGCGAUUAUCUCCUCUGUGUCUCGGACCGAGUAUUAUAUCGAACGCAUUUCAAGUGAUCAUUAGAGCACACACAUACGUACUUGCAUUCGUAGAGAACGAGACAGCGAGACAGAGACCGAGAUAGAGAGCAACGGAUGCUGCACAUUGCACUCUACCGUAGUAGUACUCUGCUUUGGCCCGAAGGAAGUGACGACGGAUAUUGUGCGAAUUAACGCGAGUGUUAUACGAAUGUAAUAUAUUGUUCGCAAUAUUAGUCAGUGAAUUACGCCAGUGCACUGCGAGAGCUUUAUAUAUAGAUCUCAAAUCUCAAGUGACGCUGCUCAUUGCGCCGCUUAAUCCUCGCACGGCUAUUCUUCAUCGAGAGGCCAAAGUCGUCGUCGUCAGUGAUCGCUCAAGGAGCAAUACAAUAAUUGCUCGGGAUCGCUAGACCACAUGCAUCUUUUAAAUUAGCAUCCAAAGACGGCGUAUUGGUGAAAGAAGGAAUGAAAGAAAGCAAGGAGCAAUCGAAAUGAGGCCGAGUUCGUGCUGCUGGUUGUUUAUCGUCCUCUGUCUUGCAUUGGUAGCACUACCCUCUUCCAUCAUCAGACCGGUACAUUCGUUACCGACUGGAUCUGACGAAGCAAGCGAAGAUGUCGGCUCAGAGGACGACGACGUGUAUCCGGAGGAGGACGAGUCGCCGUCGCCGACCAUGUCGAACGGCGACUCGGAGCUCAUCGGCGGUGGGCCUGGCAACAUGCCCAUCUUCCUCGUUGAGCCCGUCUCGUCUUACGUGGUGAAGAACAAGCCCACGACCCUCCACUGCAAGGCCUCGAACGCCCUCGAGGUCUAUUUCAAAUGCAACGGGGCGCAAGUCAAGGAUCACAUGCAGCUGGACUUUGUCGAUCCGCACACGGGUACUCGGUACGUCGAAGCCGAGCUCAACAUCACGCGCAACCACAUCGAGGAGUACUUCAGCAAGGACAAGUACAAGUGCGAGUGCAUCGCCUGGUCGAGCGCCGGACGAAUAAAUAGCCAGCCUGCCGUGAUCGACGUCGCCUAUUUGAAGAAACAAUUCGAGUCGCCGCCGUACUCGGUGUCGGUCGAGGCCGGCCAGAGCACCGAGCUGAGAUGCCUGCCGCCCAUCGGUCUGCCGCCGCCAAGGGUCUACUGGCUGAGAAACGGAGUGACCCUCGAGCCCAACAGCAACAGUGGAGGCAGCGAGGCCGGGGCCGACACCCUACUGGUCUCGUCCGAGGGCCAUCUGCUCGUGGGCCAGGCCAAGCUGAGCCAUCAGGCCAACUAUACCUGCGUCGCCGAGAACAUCGCGGCCAAGCGUAUGAGCGAGCCCGCCAGUAUCACCGUAUACGUUAACGGAGGCUGGUCGUCGUGGUCGGCAUGGUCGGAAUGUCAUUCUCGCUGCGCCAAAGGAGGACAAAAGAGGACGCGGACCUGCACGAAUCCGGCGCCCAUGAACGGCGGUCAGCCGUGUCUCGGUCCUGCGAUCCAGAAAAACGACUGCAAUACCAACUGUCAGCCUGCUCCGGUCGACGGUGGAUGGUCCAGAUGGUCGGCUUGGUCGGUCUGCGGAUCCAAUUGUACACACAGCAGACGAAGGAGCUGCGACGACCCGGCUCCGAGCCACGGCGGCAAACAGUGCUCGGGCAAGGACGUCCAAGUGGCCAACUGCACCGGCGGCAUGUGCAAUGUGGACAGCGCUAAAAUCGGAGGUCACUACACCGAGGAAGCGAGUCGACAAAUGGACGUGGCGCUUUACGUCGGCUUGACCGUGGCCUGCCUUGUUAUCGGCGGACUUGGCUUCUUCCUCGCACGACUGGUUCAUCGCAAAGGCCGUGAUCACUCGCUCUACUCCAUGGCACGAAGUGACUUUCAGCCAGAGUUCUAUCCCGAUCCGGAAAAGAAAUUGUCUCUGCAGCCGGACGUCACAGCCACGAUAGUUCCAUCUUGCUACGAGUACCCGUUCGAUCCGAAGCACUCGAUGAGCCGCUCGCUGUCGGAGCACCAUUACGACGUGCCGCACCUGUCGCUGCACUCGGGACCGCAGUCGUCGAUCGUUCCGUCGACCAUGUCACCGACGCCGAGCACGUCGACCCAGGAGUCCUGCAGCAGCGACAAGCAGAUGCUCUCGGACAGCGAGCACAGCCUCACGAGCUCGUCCUAUCCGUCGACCGAGUCAACCUACAACGUGGCCACGGGCAACGUACGACUGCCCAUGCUUGAGGCCGGCAACGUAGCUCGCGCCCACGUUAAUAGCAAGGGUGCCCUUCUGGUGCUGCCUGACGCCGGUAUAUCCAUGUCCGUGCCCGAGGGAGCCGUGCCCAAGCCGUCGAGAAGCGAGCUUCACCUGGCGCUGCUGCAAGAAGAUCGAUUCAGACCCCAACUGCCAGAUGGCACGACGCAGCUGUCGGCAGUGGUGUCAUGCGGUCCUGCCACUGCGACUUUCGCCAAGCCCGUGAUCCUGCAGUUCGAGCACUGCGCCAUGCUCCAGCAUCAGGCUGCAGCGGGCUGGGAGCUGAGCGUAUGGAGCUGCGACAAUCUCGAGCUCGACGAGAGCGCCUGCAACGCCAUAGCCCAGACCAAGGACAAGCCCAUCGUGUGGACGAAGCUGCUGACCCUGGGCCAGGAGACCAUCAACACGCCGAUGUUCACGCAGCUCGAUCACGCCGAGGUCUUCAUCGUGACGGAACAACUGAGGACCUACGUGCUGGCUGGACGUAGCUGCGACACGGCGAUGGCCACGAAGCGGCUGCGUUUGGCCGUGUACGCGUCGCAGAGCUGCGGUAACGGCAGCGACACGUGCAGUUUGCGCGUCUACGCCGUGGAGGACACCAAGGCGGCCGGCAAGGCGGUGGCCGAUCGCGAGGCACAGAUACGCGGAUGCCUGCUCGACAAGCCGAGGAGUCUGCCGUUCGAGGACAACGGAGCGCCUCUGAGCAUCAGUCUCGAGGAGGUCGGCAACGAGUGGGCCAACAAGUCCCCGACCGAUCGCCAAGAGCUGAGCUUCGACGAGGUCUGGAACAGCCGGGAGAAUCUCAAGUUCGCCAGCUUCGAGCUGGACGCGGUCGAGUCGAGUCCCAACACCCACACCUACAAGCUGCAGAUCAGUCAGAACGGCUCGGUGGACGCGCGCCAGGUGUUCCGCAUCAUCUACGACGGCUCGAAACAGCUGAUAUCGUCGGGCAGUGUGACGCGGCCUCUGCGCGAAGUGACCGUGGUGAGCAGCGUCGUAGGCCAGAACUCGGGUGGCACGGGCCAAGGCGGCGACUCGAGGACGCUGCGACCGUUCCGCUUCACCAAGUCGCUGAGGAAGCAGCUGUGCCAGUGCCUCGACCCACCGAAUUCGCUCGGCAACGAUUGGAGGAUGCUCGCACAGAUGCUGCGCGUCGAUAGAUAUAUUAAUUACUUUGCAACGAAGGCCAGUCCAACGGAGCACAUACUGGACUUGUGGGAAGCGCGGCAUCGCGAGCCCACGGCUGUAACGGACUUGCUCAAUCAUUUGAGGGUCAUGGGUCGCACGGACGCCGCAACAAUACUGGAAGCUCAACUCGGGCCCUGGCUAUAAGCUCGACAACUCUUACUCUGCUAAAAAAAAUGCGCAAAAGACAUUUUUAACACAGUGAGACGUGUCUUGUAUGCAAUUGUGAUUGUGCGCACGCGUUUGUGCGCGUAUGUGUCAUUGGACUGCAGUGCAACAAUACAAAGUGCAGCGAUGUCGUGGAAAAAGGGAAGUGCAUCGGUAUUUUUAUGACGAAAAAAAAGUGCGUGCGCAAUGAUGUUCUUUAGUGUGCCAUGUUCCGCGAAGAAGAGGCAUAAGACGAAGAAGCACAGAGAGAAAGAGAACGUGUCGCGUUGCUGAAUCCACACCGAGUUGUAUGUGCGAGGCGCCAAUCUGCGUAUGUAAAUUCUCUCUCUCUCUCUGCCGCGCGCCAUUCCUAUAUUACUGCUCGUAUGCGAGGCUAGAGAAGGAGAGAGAAAGAGAGAGAUAAAAUCUGCAAGCGUGAAGAAAACCGCAACACGCUACACUCUAAGCAGCAGCAGUUCCGUACAUAAAUAAGGUAUGACUUGAGAGCGAGAGAGAAAGAAAGAGGGAAAGAGCGCGAGAAUAUGGGAAAUAUUAUAGUUAACGAAAUAUGGCCUUACGUUGCGUAUAUUUAUAAAUUAUAUACAUAUAUUAUCAUCAUUAUGAUAUACAUAUAUAAUUAUAAAUGCGCAUUAUAUCUUGUUUUUCUUUUUUCUCUUUAGGAAAAAAGAGCAGCGUGCGUGCAUUGAAUUGCGGAAUAGUUUAUAGAAAAUAAUAAUUGGGUUAAAUGUGUAAAUAUAGCAAACGAAAACCGAAAAAAAUUGAGUAGUUAUCGCGUAGCGAAAAUAAAAAAAACGCGAGAUAUUUAAUAUAGCGAAGAGACUGCGAAUUAUACGUGUUCGAUCGCCCAACGUGGUGGCGAUUAAAAAUAAAUUAUAUAAUAAAUAUAUUAUAUCGAAAAAAAUUAUGUAUAGAGAAUACUUGUGUGAAAUGCCUGGUUUUGUGUGUAGCGUAUGUUAUUUAGUGUAUCGAGUCAAAGAGCUGCCUCGUUCGUGAAUAUCUUUCUACCAAAGUAAUUUAUUAAUUCAUAUCCAUACGAAUCCAUAAAUAGCCAUUCGUUCAGCUAUUAUUUAUUAUUUUGGCAAAUUUCUUUUACAUACGGGUAUGAAAGAUUAAAACACAUAGAGCCGGAUUUUAUCGAUCCCAUGUAGAUUUAUUGAACGGAUGUGGUGUCCUCGAGAUAUUUCCGGUUUAUACGAAUAUAUAUUCGCUUGUCAUUUUUUUUCGUACACAUCCGAAACUGCAUCGUAGCGUACCAUUACGAUGCGCUUCGCGAUGAUUCGCGUCGAAAUUUUUCAUUCUUUUUAUUUAUGUUCAACGACGAGAGGCUUUUUCGACGAUAUACCGUUGUUUUAUGCUGCAAAAAAAGAAUCGAUACACAAAAAUGAAGCGCGCACGUCUAUUACGUAUGGAUAAUAGCGUGAAAUAUAUUUUUUUGUUUAUGGAGAUGUGUACUAACGCUUUUGUUGACUUUUUUUUAACGCGUAUACAUCUUAUCAAUGUAUUUUAGAACGGAUCUGAAUAUAAUAGUUUUGUACGAACAAUUUUAUCUGUAGUUGUUAGCCCUUUUGUAUCGGUGAAAUCUUUAUAUCGAUAUGCACUUUUUUUAAUGAAUUUUAUUCAAAUUUUGACCAUCGAUCAUUUUUGAGACGAAAGUUUUUUCAAGAAUCGAAUAUAACUUUUCCUAUAUCAGUGAUAAGCCAGAUAAAUGUUUAACAUACUAAGCGUAUCUAAGUAUUUCCGGGAAAGUUUCUGGAUUGUUAUUUUUCUGCGAACAUUUCUCGAAUACAACUAUUGGAAUGUUGCACAGAAAGCGAUCUGGUCACAUUUCUAUACAAACUUUUGAUGCCGGUGCAAGCAUGAAAUAUGUCUGAUAUAUGUGUAUAUGCAAGGUAUUACUAGAAAAAAUUAUCAUAAAAGGGUUAAUGACUAAGAGUAUCACGAUGUUUAUAUCAAUUGUAAUAUAUUUAUAUGCUAAUUGUAAAAAAAUUGUACAUUUUUCUGACAUCAUUGAUAAUAAUUAUCAAAAAAGAAACAUUUAUACAUAACGGAUAAUAAAAGUCUACUAUCAACAUACAUUCAAACUAAAAAGAUUCUGUUAAAUUUUUUCCCUGAUUUUUCCCUUGACCUUUGAUGGAUGUCGAAAAAAAGCUCAAAUGUUUGCAAAAACAACCGAGCUCUACGAGGUAUGUCUAUAUCGUGCCGCAGCCACUAUCAUUUUUGCGUGUUAUGCAUACAUAAACUUGGCAGUAUAUACUGCACGCACAAAAGGCAGCGCAAGCGUACGAUCAUUGAAACAACAAAAUUCAACUCGAUCUACGAGAAUUCAUAAAUAUUUUGGUAACGUUUGGACAAUUUUCAAAAAUGAAUAGAUGAAAAAAUGUUAGUCUUACCUGACAGUUUUUAGAAAUUUUUCCAGUCCGGUUAAUUUCAACAAAAACAUUUUACACGCGCAUUAUUUUCACAGCCAGAUACACACUUCAAAAAAAUAACUUUAUGAAAAAGAGACCAUUGAAUGCUCGUGUCAAAUAGAGAACUCAUUGAAAUAACGUUAUGUAGAGCAAUUUUGGAAUUAUAUCAUAUACAAAAACACAUUUAUGUACGAAGUGAUAAUUGAUAAUUAUCGGUGUUAUUGUAGUUACAGAUGUAUUAUUGUAUAUGAAUGUAUAAAUUAGUAAAAGAAAAAACGUAUUGACACUGCAUUUACACGACAAAACAUAUAAAAAGAAAUAUGAUGGAUUUAGAUGUGUAUUUUAAAAUGUGUAGGAUGAAAAACGGUUUGUCGAAACAAGGUGCGCCUAAAAAAUACGUGAUAGCAACUUGCAAAGCAAUCGUGUUUCACUAUUCUGAGUUAAGGACAUACCAAUGCGACUCGCGUCCACGACGCAGAUCACGACGAUAAUAAUGAUGAGCCACCCACUUAAAGAAGUAGAUGUAUCAUGAACGUCUUAUAAUUUUCGCGAGUUUUUUUUUAUAAAGUUUGUAAUACAUUCACAUUUGAAAGGGAAGAGACGUUUUAGAAAUUUCGAUGUUACACAACCAAAAUUGAAAAAAAAAAAUUAGUGCCUGUUUGAUCUCUAAACAUGACGAGAUGUAAUGAGAUUUUUGCAAAUUUUUAUUAUAAUCAGAUGAUUACGUGAUAUUUAAAAUCAUUUAAGUAGUUUAUGCGUUAAGUAGCUUACUCUCGUGAAUUCCUAUUCAUCGAUUAACACAAAAAUCAUCAAAAUAAAAAUUUGAUGGCUCUGAAUAAGUCACUGAGUGACGAUCAAUAAAACCGCUCGUAUGUUAAUGUAAAGAGAAACAAUUUUUAAAAGUUAAUGACUCAAUUGAUAAAAAUGCGCGUCAACUAUUUAUUAGUUGUCUUAGCUAGAUUUUUGCUCUAACGUAAAUAGACAAAUAAAUGUGAGUACCAUAAAUAUUAAAAUUUCAUAUACAAUUAUAUAAGUACACAAUAUAAUAUCGUGGAAAA